AUGGGACCAACAGCAGUCCUGUAUGGACUGUUUUUGUGGAUUUGUUCUAUUGGUCUGUCUGUGGGCACCGGAUUUAUUUACCAGUUUCCCGGACUGACUCUGCAACAUGUCAGCACUGAGCAAAGCGUUGGACCCCCAGCCGCUGGAUCCAACACACAGCGCAGGAAUUGGUGCCAGUAUACGGUUUCCAAAACGGUGACUUGCCAGGUGCAUAACGGUACAGAGACAACGGUGCAGAGGGUGUUCCAAAGCUGCCGCUGGCCUGGUCCCUGUGCCAAACUAAUCAGUUACAGGACGCUGGUCAGGCCAACCUAUAAGGUGACUUAUCGACAAGUUACUGUGCUAGAAUGGAGGUGCUGCCCUGGAUUUUUAGGCAGCGACUGCAGUGAAGAGUGUAUGAACUGCACCAACUACUCCGACAUGAAUAGUCGCCUGGACGUCAUCGAGACUAAGAUUAAGUUGUUGGAGGAAGCAGGACCUUUGUCCCCACCAAUCAGCAGCCUCCCAGAGGGUUCAUCAGAUAAUGAAGUGGACACGCCUAACCCCACCCCUAUUGGUUCCCCACCCUUCUGGCAGCCUGGGGUAAGAGGUCCCCCUGGGCCAGUCGGACCACCCGGUGUUCCAGGAUCGUCAGGACCCCCUGGUCCAGCAGGAGAAAGGGGUCUUCCAGGCCUCCCUGGAUCCAUAGGUCCAAAGGGAGAAAGGGGUUUUCCAGGAGAGAUUGGACUUCCUGGGCCUCCGGGUCCACCAGGGGCCCCUGGCCCUUUUUCUUCCAUUCCACUUAGGGGUGAUCAGGGGGCGGCAGAGGUCUGUUCCAAGCCCGUGUUAGUGGAGCUGCUUUUGAUUAGACAGCUGGCUCGGUGCUGGCCUGGGCGCGGACCGCCGUCAGCUGGCUGUAAAUCAGCUCUAAUUUGUAAGCUGGCAGCGCAGCAGUCUGCUUUUGGAAACCGAGGGGCUGGCUCCAGACCCAAAGAGCAGCAGCGUGUAAAAAGGCAAGGGCGAGACGCUCACCCCCAAGGCCUCUGGAGGCAGGCUGUAGGAGCUCCAGAAAUUGGUUCCAGAGGGACUGUUUGCUGGGUUCAGCUCCCACCAGUGGUCUCUUCUUCAUGGGGAGAGCAGCAGGAGGAAGGUGGAGGUGUCUAUAGGUUCGUUAACCCCACGGAUGAAAAGUGCGCCUCAUCACCCGUGCCAUCAUACCAACGCUCAGCAAUGAACCUCAUGACUGCAUCUCUCGGAGGUCACGACAAGCAUUCCUCUUCAAUGCCACCAGAGCCGUUCUCAUCGCCCCUCUUUUACGUGGGCCUCAUUGACUGCAUUAAUAAGGAUCGGGUGCCAAGCCUCCCUGGACCUGCUGGACCACCCGGAUCCCCCGGACUCCCCGGUCUCCCGGGCCAAGAUGCAGAAAGUGGUUUAUCAGGCAAAACUGGAGAGCCAGGACCUAAAGGAGACCCAGGUGAAAGGGGUCCACCAGGUCUCACAGGGGAACAAGGACAACCAGGUCCUGUUGGCUCAAAGGGACAGAAGGGAGAGCCAGGAGAGAACCUGCCAGAGAGUGAGGCGGUACAGCAGCUGAGAGAAGCUCUGAAGAUACUGGCUGAGAGGGUCCUCAUUCUGGAGCACAUGAUUGGCAUCCACGAAAACCCAGUGGAGCCUGGAUCUGGACUGGACAGUGUGCCUGAUCCUCUCCCUCUCCCAGUGGUCAAGAUUAAACGGGCAGAGCCCGUCCAACUUUCAUCCUUCCUCCAGUCUCAUACUCUCCUUGCUGGCGAGGACCGCAAGAGGAGCGGUUGA